AUGCAACUCCCCAAAACACAAAAGGCGGCCAUCAAACAAGGCACCGGCGACAACACUACGAUUACCAUCAAGGAGAUUCCUGUCCCGGAACCAGCUCCUGACCAGAUUCUCGUCAAGAUAAACUACAGUGGCCUCUGUGCCUCGGACAAAUCCCUGCUCCAUGAUGAGUGGGACUUCAAGAUGGCCGAAUGUACCGAAGGCAUCGCAGGCCAUGAGGGCGCUGGCAUCGUUGUAGCCGUUGGCGCAAACGUGCAGGAUCUCUGGCAGAUUGGUAAUCGCGCUGGUAUCAAAUGGAUUGCGUCUCUGAACAGUGGAUUUACUGUUGCGGGAACGUUCCAGGAGUAUUGCUUAACGGAUGCGAGAUAUGCGACGAGAUUGCCUGAUGGUGUCAAAGACGAGGAGGCGGGCCCGAUCAUGUGUGGUGGUGUUACAGCAUAUGUGGCUUGCAAGAGAAGCCUUGGUCAUUUUGGUGUUCAGUACGCUCGCCAUAUGGGUAUGCGCGUUAUUGCCAUCGACGGCGGCGCCGCCAAACGCGAUCUCUGCCUCUCUCUUGGUGCCGAGAGGUUUAUCGACUUCACUACAUGCUCGGACAUCACUUCCGAGAUCAUGAAGAUUACUACUUAUGGCGCCCAUGGCGUGAUCGUUUUCGCAGCAACGAAAGCAGGCUACGAACAAGCGCCACACUUGCUGAGACCCAACGGCACGAUGGUGUGUGUAGGUCUACCGAAAGAUUCGUCGAUCAUUGCGGGAGCUAGUCCAAUCCUGAUGUGCCUCAAGAGAUUGAAUGUUGUGGGAAGCGUGACAGGAACGCUAAAGGACGUUGAGGAGGCACUCGACUUUACUUCGCGAGGACUCGUACAUCCGAUUCUGACUCAUGGUGGUUUGGAGGAUAUUGAUCGGUUCUGUGCAGACAUGAAUGCAGGGAAGCUUGCUGGACGGGCUGUCAUCAAGAUCGCUGCGUAG